UGUGAGGCGCCUCGGCGAGCCGAAAAGAGACGAAAAAAAACGGGGCGAUGGAUGGACCGUUCUCUGACUAGCUGGUGCUCUCCGGAGUCUCGGGAUUAUGGUUUUUCAGGAGGACGAAACUUUUAGACAAAUCCACUGAGCGACCCGUGCAGUAUCGUGUCGAGUUCAACUCCGUGAGGUGGAGGUGUUCUUGCCAUGGUGGAUAAGAUGUCGAGUUUUCUGCACAUUGGGGACAUCUGCUCCCUAUACGCUGAGGGAUCCACCAGUGGCUUCAUCAGUACUCUGGGGUUGGUUGAUGAUCGUUGUGUUGUCCAGCCAGACGCUGGAGACCUGAAUAACCCACCAAAGAAGUUCAGGGACUGUCUGUUCAGACUGUGUCCCAUGAACAGAUAUUCAGCACAGAAACAGUUUUGGAAAGCUGCCAAACCUGGAGGAACCAGCACCACUGACACUGUCUUGCUCAACAAACUGCAUCAUGCUGCUGAUCUAGAGAAGAAACAGAACGAAUCAGAAAACAAGAAGCUGCUGGGAACUGUCAUUCAGUAUGGAAAUGUCAUCCAGCUGCUCCACCUGAAAAGCAAUAAGUAUCUGACCGUGAAUAAGCGGUUGCCAGCUCUGUUGGAGAAGAAUGCCAUGCGUGUGACUCUGGAUGCUGCUGGAAAUGAAGGCUCUUGGUUCUACAUUCAACCUUUCUACAAACUGCGCUCCAUCGGAGACAGUGUGGUCAUAGGAGAUAAGGUAGUGUUAAAUCCUGUGAAUGCUGGACAGCCACUUCAUGCUAGCAGCCAUCAGCUUGUUGAUAACCCAGGAUGCAAUGAGGUGAACUCAGUGAACUGCAGCACCAGUUGGAAAAUUGUUCUCUUCAUGAAAUGGAGUGACAAUCAAGAGGUCGUUCUGAAAGGCGGGGAUGUGGUUCGGUUGUUCCAUGCAGAGCAGGAGAAGUUUCUGACAUGUGAUGAUCACCGGAAGAAGCAGUACGUUUUUCUGCGUACCACUGGACGCCAGUCUGCAACCUCAGCGACCAGCAGCAAAGCGCUCUGGGAGGUGGAGGUUGUGCAGCAUGACCCCUGUAGAGGAGGAGCGGGCUACUGGAACAGUCUGUUCAGGUUUAAACACCUGGCAACUGGACAUUACCUCGCUGCAGAGGUAAACCCAGACUAUGAGGAAGAAUGCCUCGAGUCACGUUCCUCUCUGGACUCUGAACAUGAAGUGAUACGAGCACGUGCGCGAAAUCCACAGGAUAAAGUCAUGUACACACUGGUGUCUGUUCCCGAUGGCAAUGACAUCUCUUCUAUCUUUGAGCUGGACCCUACUACUCUGAGAGGGGGUGAUUCACUUGUGCCAAGGAACUCUUAUGUUAGGCUUAGGCACCUAUGCACGAACACCUGGGUCCAUAGCACGAACCAGCCCAUAGACAAGGAAGAAGAGAAACCAGUCAUGCUCAGAAUAGGAACAUCUCCUCUGAAAGAGGAUAAAGAAGCGUUUGCUAUCGUCCCAGUGUCCCCAGCAGAGGUCAGAGAUUUGGAUUUUGCUAAUGAUGCCAGUAAAGUUCUGGCCUCCAUUGCUGGCAAACUGGAAAAGGGUACCAUCACCCAGAAUGAGAGGAGGGCAGUGACUAAGCUGCUGGAGGACCUGGUGUAUUUUGUGGUGGAUAUUCCUAAUAGUGGUCAAGAUGUGCUGGAGAUUACAGUGAACAAACCCAACAGGGAGCGCCAGAAACUGAUGAGGGAGCAGAACAUCCUGAAACAGAUCUUUAAGCUGCUGCAGGCUCCUUUCACUGACAGUGGGGAUGGUCCAAUGUUGAGAUUGGAGGAGCUUGCUGACCAGCGCCACGCCCCUUUCCGACACAUCUGCAGACUCUGCUACCGAGUUUUGCGGCAUUCGCAGCAAGACUACCGUAAAAACCAGGAGUACAUAGCAAAGCAGUUCAGAUUCAUGCAGAAGCAAAUUGGCUAUGAUGUGCUGGCAGAGGACACCAUCACAGCCCUGUUGCACAACAACCGAAAGCUGCUGGAGAAGCACAUCACCGCUGCCGAGAUCGACACCUUUGUCAGCCUGGUCCGCAAGAACAGAGAGCCUAGGUUCCUGGAUUACUUGUCUGAUCUGUGUGUGUCGAUGAACAAAUCCAUUCCUGUGACUCAGGAGCUCAUCUGUAAUGCUGUUUUGGAUCCAGCCAACGCUGACAUUCUUAUUGAGACCAAGUUGGUACUGUCACGGUUCGAGGUGGAAGGACCAGUGCUUGGGGAGAGUGCAGAGGAUGAAGAGGAAGAUGAAGAGGAAGUGUGGUUGUUCUGGAAGGACAGCAGUGGUGAGGUGAAGAGCAAAAGCAUCAGGGAGCUUGCACAGGAUGCCAAAGAGGGACACACUGAGGACCAGGAGGUUAUCAGUUAUUACAGGUACCAGCUGAAUCUGUUUGCUCGGAUGUGUCUGGACCGUCAGUAUUUGGCCAUCAAUAAGAUCUCAGCUCAGCUAGAUGUGGAUCUGAUAUUACGCUGCAUGUCUGAUGAAGAUUUGCCUUUUGACCUCCGAGCCUCUUUCUGCCGCAUGAUGCUGCACAUGCAUGUGGACCGUGACCCACAGGAACAGGUCACACCCGUCAAAUAUGCACGCUUAUGGUCUGAAAUCCCAUCCCAGAUAUCCAUUGAUGAUUAUGAUAAUGAUGGGACUUCCCGUGAUGAGGUGAAGGAGAAGUUUUCCCAGACAAUGGAGUUUGUAGAGAACUACCUGCGGGACGUUGUGUGCCAGAGCUUUCCCUUUUCAGACAAAGAGAAAAAUAAGCUCACCUUUGAGGUGGUGAACUUGGCAAGGAACCUGAUCUACUUUGGCUUCUAUAACUUCAGUGACUUACUGAGGUUGACUAAGAUCCUGCUGGCCAUUCUGGACUGUGUGCAUAUCAGUACCUCCUUCCCUGUCAAACUGGACCGAGAGCCUGGCAAAGGCAGUAAUGUGAUGCGCUCCAUCCAUGGCGUGGGGGAGCUGAUGACACAGGUGGUGCUGAGAGGUGGCGGUUUCCUGCCACCCACAUCCCGCGCUAACCCAGACAGAGAUUCUGUCAAAGCCCAAACAGAACCUCAGAAACAAGAUAUACUCGUCAUGGACACCAAGCUCAAGAUAAUAGAGAUCUUGCAGUUCAUACUCAAUGUGCGACUGGAUUACCGGAUAUCCUGCCUGCUGAGUAUCUUUAAGAGAGAGUUUGACGAGAGUAACUCUCAGGCAGAAACCUCUAUUAACCCAGACUCACACACCAGUGUUCAAGGUGCACUGGACUUUGAACACAUUGAGGAGCAGGCGGAGGGGAUUUUUGGAGGAAGUGAAGAAAACACUCCUCUGGAUCUGGAUGACCACGGAGGUCGGACAUUUUUGAGGGUACUUCUCCACUUGACCAUGCAUGACUAUCCUCCGCUGGUGUCCAGAGCCCUGCACCUGCUCUUCAGACAUUUUAGCCAGCGCCAGGAGGUCCUGCAGGCCUUUAAACAGGUGCAGCUCCUUGUGACCAGUCAGGACGUGGAGAACUACAAGCAGAUUAAGGCAGAUCUGGACCAGCUGAGGUCUGUUGUGGAAAAGUCUGAGUUGUGGGUCUACAAGAGGCAGGGGUCAGACUCAGGACUCCACACAGGAGAGGGCAUCACCCCAGAAACACAUCACAAGAGUGACUCGAUUUCUGAUGGAUUAGACAAACCCAAAGUGGAGAGCACCAGCAGCUCCAACUACCGACUUGUGAAGGAGAUUCUCUUGAGACUGAGCAAGCUGUGUGUGAUGGAGUGUCUUUCAGGCAGGAAAAACAAGAAGCAGCAGCAGCGUCUCCUCAGGAAUAUGGGAGCUCACUCAGUAGUCCUGGAAUUGCUACAAAUCCCCUAUGAAAAAGGAGAAGAUGUGUGGAUGCAGGAGAUUAUGACGUUGGCUCAUCAGUUCCUUCAGAAUUUCUGUGCUGGAAAUCAGCAGAACCAGGCACUUCUUCAUAAACACAUCAACUUGUUCCUCAAUCCUGGGAUUUUGGAAGCAGUGACCAUGCAGCAUAUCUUUAUGAAUAAUUUCCAGUUGUGCAGUGAGAUUAAUGAUAGAGUAGUGCAGCAUUUUGUUCACUGCAUCGAGACACACGGCCGCAGCGUUCACUACCUCAAAUUCCUGCAGACCAUAGUCAAAGCUGAGAACAAGUUCAUCAAGAAAUGCCAGGAUAUCGUCAUGGCUGAGUUGGUGACAGCAGGUGAGGAUGUCCUCGUGUUCUACAACGACCGUGCAUCGUUUCAGACUUUGGUACAGAUGAUGCGUCUAGAGAGAGAGCGCCUAGAUGAGAACAGUGCUCUCAGGUAUCAUAUCCACCUGGUGGAGUUACUGGCCUUGUGCACAGAGGGUAAGAAUGUCUACACUGAGAUAAAGUGCAACUCUCUUCUCCCGCUUGAUGACAUUGUGCGUGUGGUCACACAUGAGGACUGCAUCCCGGAGGUGAAGAUGGCAUAUGUGAAUUUCCUCAACCACUGCUAUGUAGACACAGAGGUCGAGAUGAAGGAGAUCUACACCAGUAAUCAUAUGUGGAAAUUGUUUGAUGACUUCUUGGUGGACAUUUGCAGGGUGUGUAACAACACAAGUGACCGUAAGCAUGCAGACACGGUUCUGGAGCGCUAUGUCACUGAGACCAUCAUGAGCAUCGUCACCACCUUCUUCAGCUCCCCGUUCUCUGAUCAGAGCACCAGCCUGCAGACCCGUCAGCCAGUGUUUGUACAGCUUCUGCAGGGAGUGUUUCGUGUGUAUCACUGUAAUUGGAUGCUCCCAGGUCAGAAGGGCAGUGUGGAGGCCUGCAUAAAGGUUCUCAGUGACGUGGCUAAGGGCCGGGCCAUAGCCAUCCCAGUGGAUCUGGAUUGUCAGGUGAACAAUCUGUUCAUAAAGUCCAACAACAUUGUGCAGAAAACAGCUCUAAGCUGGAGGCUGUCUGCCCGCAACGCUGCAAGGAGAGAUUCUGUCCUCACAGCAUCCCGCGACUACCGUAACAUCAUUGAGAGACUGCAGGACAUUGUUUCAGCUUUAGAGGAGCGGUUGAGGCCUUUAGUGCAGGCUGAGUUGUCUGUGUUGGUGGACGUUCUCCAUCGUCCAGAGCUGCUCUUUCCAGAACACACUGAGGCCCAUCGCAAGUGUGAGAGUGGAGGAUUUAUCUGCAAGUUGAUAAAACACACAAAGCAGCUGUUGGAGGAGAAUGAGGAGCGCUUGUGCAUCAAAGUUCUGCAGACCCUCCGGGAAAUGAUGACCAAAGACAGAGGAUAUGGAGAGAAGCCCAUGGCAUUUGAUGAUGAGAUGGAUGUUACUGAGCAGGUGGAUGUGAGUCUGCCACCAAAACUGCAGGAGGAUCAGAGGAGGGGAGAAGCUCUGAGGCAGUUGCUGGUGAACCGUUACUAUGGGAACUUCAGGACUGGUGGUAGGAGAGACAGUCUGACAACCUUCAGUAACUCUGCCCUUACGCCUGUAGGUCCAAACAAGAACCAGUCAGGUGCUCUGAGUCGAGCAGAAAUGUCUCUGACAGAAGUGCAGUGUCACUUGGAUCGUGAGGGGGCAUCUGACCUGGUCAUCGACCUUAUCAUGAACACAAACAGUGACCGUGUGUUUCAUGAGAGCAUCUUAUUGGCUAUUGCCCUCCUGGAGGGUGGAAACACAACCAUACAGCGUUCCUUUUUUAAACGUUUGACAGAGGAUAAAAAGUCAGAAAAGUUCUUCCGAGUUUUUUAUGACCGAAUGAAAGCUGCCCAACAAGAGAUAAAAGCCACGGUUACUGUCAACACCAGUGACCUUGGUAACAAGCGCCGCGACGACCAUGGUUCGGACCGAGACACUCCUCAGCGCCGGAGAGAAAAAGAUUCAGUAGUGAUGGUCACCGAUGAUGCACGGGAGCAGCUCUUGGAGGCGUCAGCAGUGACAAAGAAGGCGUUCGGCUCGUAUCGUCGUGAUGCUGAUCCUGAGGAGGCCUAUGGUCAUACUGAUGGAGACAGGGGAGGGGGAGACAAAGGGGCAGAGCAAGGAGAGAUGAGCCCCGUCAUUCUCAUCAUGCAGCCAAUACUGCGCUUCCUACAGCUGCUGUGUGAAAACCACAACAGAGACCUGCAGAAUUUUUUGCGCUGCCAGAACAAUAAGAACAACUAUAACCUGGUGUGUGAGACGCUGCAGUUUCUGGACUGUAUCUGUGGCAGCACUACAGGAGGCUUGGGCCUGCUGGGCCUUUACAUUAACCAGCACAAUGUGGCUCUCAUUAACCAGACUAUAGAGAGCCUUACUGAGUACUGCCAAGGACCCUGCCAUGAUAACCAGAACUGCAUUGCCACUCAUGAGUCUAACGGCAUAGACAUCAUCAUCGCUUUAAUUCUGAAUGACAUCAAUCCACUUGGCAGAAAGAGGAUGGACUUGGUGCUGGAGCUAAAGAAUAAUGCCUCCAAGCUGCUGUUGGCCAUAAUGGAGAGUCGCCAUGACAGUGAGAAUGCAGAGAGGAUUCUGUACAACAUGAGGCCCAAGGAGCUGGUGGAGGUGAUAAAGAAGGCCUACCAGCAGGGAGAGGCUGACUUUGAUGAUGAAGAGGAGAAUGGAGAGGAUCAUGCUGCCUCACCACGCAACGUUGGGCAUAAUAUCUACAUUCUGGCACAUCAGCUGUCUCGUCACAACAAGGAACUGCAGCUGCUGCUGAAACCAAGUGGAGAAGACCAGGCUCUGGAGUGCUACACUAAGCACACUGCCCAGAUAGAGAUAGUCCGUCAGGAUCGCACUAUGGAGCAGAUAGUGUUUCCUGUGCCUCAUAUCUGCUCCUUCCUGACAAAUGAGUCAAAGCUGCGAGUGUACUACAGCACAGAGAGAGACGAGCAGGGCAGCAAGAUCAAUGACUUCUUCCUGAGAGCAGAUGACCUCUACAAUGAGAUGAGGUGGCAGAAAAAAUUGCGAGCUCAGCCAGUGUUGUAUUGGUGCAGCAGGAACAUGUCAUUCUGGAGUAAUGUCUCCUUCAACCUGGCUGUGCUCAUAAAUGUGUUGGUGGCCUUCUUCUAUCCGCUUGACGGCAUGAGUGACAGUCAGCUGGACCCGUCUCUUUCUGCGCUGCUGUGGGUGUGUGUGUUGGGUUCACUGGGUUUUGUGUUGCUGUUGCCCAGUCCAAAUGCAGUGCGGGUUCUGGUCAUUUCCUCUGUUCUACGACUGGGCUUCUCAUUAGGCCUUCAACAUAUGCUGUCUCUGCUGGGAGCUUUUAACGUGUGUAAUAAGAUUGUGUUCCUGCUGAGUUUUGUGGGUAACCGGGGGACGUUUACACGCGGUUACAGAGCGAUGGUGAUGGACAGAGAGUUCCUGUUCCACUUGCUCUAUCUCCUCAUCUGUACACUCGGCCUCUGUGGACACGUCUUCUUCUACAGCUUACUGUUAUUUGACCUGGUGAACAGAGAGGAAACUCUGCUGAAUGUGAUUAAGAGUGUGACGCGUAAUGGCCGCUCCAUUGUGCUGACGGCUGUACUGGGGCUCAUCCUGGUCUAUCUUUUCUCCAUCGUGGGUUACAUCUUUUUUAAAGAUGAUUUUAUCCUGGAGGUGGAUCGCAUCCCCAAUAGCACUCUGGAGGAGGGGGCAAGUAUGGCCAGUGGCUUCCUGUCUGAGGGUACGUGCAAUGUAGAGAAUGGGACUUGCCUGACGGUUGAUGCAGCAGAAGAUGAUGUUGAGAGAGCGUGUGAUUCUCUGUGGAUGUGUAUGAUCACUGUACUGAGUCAUGGUCUGAGGAGCGGGGGCGGAGUUGGUGAUGUGCUGCGUAAACCCUCUAAAGAGGAGCCUCUGUUUGCUGCGAGGGUUAUCUAUGACCUGCUGUUCUUUUUCCUGGUCAUCAUCAUUGUGCUAAAUCUGAUCUUUGGUGUCAUCAUUGACACAUUCGCUGACUUGAGGAGUGAGAAACAAAGAAAAGAGGAGGUGCUGAAAACCACCUGCUUUAUAUGUGGUUUGGAGAGAGAUAAGUUUGAUAAUAAGACGGUGACAUUUGAAGAGCAUAUCAAAGAGGAGCACAACCUGUGGCAUUACCUGUACUUCAUCGUGCUGGUCAGAGUGAAAGACUCCACUGAGUACACUGGCCCAGAGAGCUAUGUAGCUCAGAUGAUCAAGGAACACAAUCUGGACUGGUUCCCUCGUAUGAGAGCUAUGUCUCUUGUGAGCAGUGAUGGAGAGGGAGAACAGAAUGAGCUGCGUUGUCUGCAGGAGAAACUCGAGUCCACCAUGAGACUCGUCUCUAACCUGACCAAUCAGCUCACUGAGCUCAAAGAGCAGAUGACUGAACAGAGGAAGCAUAAGCAGCGGAUUGGACUGUUGGGGAACCCUGCCCACCUCAAUAUUAACCCACAGCAGCCUGCCUGAGCAGAGACUCAGUCAAACAGGAAGGAAUUGUAUGUAGUGAAUGUGUGUGUGUGUAUGUGAAAGAGAGCGAGCGAGAGAUACCUACUGUACUUCAUGAAUCCAGAUGUAGCCUUAAAGGAUGGAGUGUGCGGUUUUAGGUAACACAUCAGCAUACUCCGUCUUCCACACUAAUGCCUAUUCAGCUAAGCACACAGUCACCCAAGUGCCCUAAGCCUCUAAAUGAAGGAAUCUCUACUAGCCUGAGGCUUGACACAUUCACCAGUGGAACCUGUCUUAAAAUACCUUUUUAAAUUUAAUAUCUUUUAUUAGCAUUGGUACUUUUACCUAUUACUCACAGUGGUACUUGGUACAUUCAGGGCAGCACUGACUACGCACUAUCCCAAGAAUGCUCCACGACACCCAGUUUAAAAUAUUCAAGAAAUGUGUGUUUAAUGAAAGCAGACAAUAUAAUGCAGAAUUGGAACAAAUGCCUACAGAUCUUCCUCCCUAUGUAUUGUGUGUUACACAAAGUCCCCAGAUAGUGCUGACAUUAGCCAUCACUAACAGCUUUUGCACUGUUUUUGACUGUAGUAUUAUGAGAUACUUUCACGAUUGCUAAAUUGUUGUCAACCAUUGUGUGAAGGUGUUUUUUUUUUUUCAGAAAACUACAUCUCUGUUUUUCUUUGACCCAGUCUGUUAGGAUUUGCUUUGAGAUUUUUCUAGGUUUAUAUAUGUAUGCACAUAAAAAUCUGUCAAGAUUGUAUUUUUGCUGCCUGUACACAUCCAUGCAACAUUGUAAGGAAACCAAAGAUAUUCUUCACUCUGCCAGAUUUUAUAUUUACCUUAUUGUUUGCCUUAAUAUAAGAAUUAUUCUGUCAAAUGAAGAUUUGUUAUUAAAGGUCAUUAAUGGCCUUAUAGUCAUUCCGUGAAUUUAAAAAGCUCUUGCACACUAUUUACUGUGUGGAUAUAUUUUUUAAUCAGAGAUGGUAUAUUUGCACAAAACAAUAACAUACAAAGAAAUCCUGCACAAAAUAAUUCAAAAAUACAAAUAAAAGAACGAAAGAGAGAAAGAGUGGUUGUUACACAUGGACUGGUUAAAUGACAGCUAUUCUGAAAACUGGUUCUCCUGACACAGAUUAGUUAUGUUCUACUGAAGUAGAAAAAACAAUCUGUAUCCACAAAACAGCAUCAGAAAAUUGUGCAUCUCGGCCUGGGUUUCAAAAAUGAUAGGACAGCAGCCGAUUCAAUGCAACAAGUGUGACACAGCAAAGAUAAACAGCAGUAAUGUGCGUGAUUCUGAUCAAAAUUUUAGUCUGGAUAUCUUUACUGUCACCGUAGAGAUGCUUGCACUUUUGUAGAGGAAACACCAGAAACAUUUAGUAAAUUCAGAAAAACAGAUGUCUAACUUGUUCAGCAUGCCUUUGCAGACCAGGUGUAGCACACAAAGUUGUUUGUUUUGAAUAAUCAGACAGUAUCAGCUUAGUGUAUCCAGGCAUUAAUUUUAACACAGUUAGGUCAUGCUACUGUUAUCGGCUGCAAAAUGUUUUGUAAAUGUUCAGAUUUACAGGUAUUUACAUUCACAAAUACAACACUAGACUCGCCGUUCAUAAUGAAAAAGUGCUUAUCAAAUAAAUAUAUUGCAUCCAUAAUUAUCUGAAACAUGAUAAGGACAUUAUUGGAGUAGAAAAGGAGCUUCAUUCACUUUCCCCAUCACAUUCUGACAUUGCCAUGGAAUAAU